AUGGAGACUCUAUCUUCUCUACGUACAAGCCAAGCUCUAAUGUCCCGCCCAUCAAGUCCAACCAUUUUUUGCACUAGUGGGUCUGUUUCUUUUACUGGGUUUUCUCUAAAGACUCAAUCCUUUUCAAAAAGGAAACAAACUUUGAGGUUUGUCAAGGCUUCUGUUGCUGUUGAGCAGCAAACCCAGGAAGCUAAAGUUGCUCUCAUUAGAAUUGGCACUAGAGGAAGCCCGCUUGCACUUGCUCAAGCUCAUGAGACACGAGACAAGCUUAUGGCUUCACAUUCGGAGCUAGCUGUUGAAGGAGCUAUUCAAAUUGUGAUAAUAAAGACAACAGGAGAUAAGAUACUAAGUCAACCACUUGCAGACAUCGGUGGGAAGGGAUUGUUCACGAAAGAAAUAGAUGAGGCACUAAUAAAUGGUGACAUUGACAUUGCUGUCCACUCAAUGAAAGAUGUUCCAACAUAUUUACCAGAAAAGACAAUUCUUCCCUGUAACCUUCCUCGUGAGGAUGUUAGAGAUGCUUUUAUUUCCUUGAGUGCAGCUUCACUAGCAGAUCUUCCCUCUGGUAGCAUCAUUGGAACUGCCUCACUCAGAAGAAAGUCACAAAUACUCCACAGAUAUCCAUCACUCAGUGUGGAAGAAAAUUUUCGGGGCAAUGUUCAGACAAGGCUGAGAAAACUUAACGAAGGAGUUGUAAAAGCAACACUGUUGGCUUUAGCUGGACUUAAACGCUUAAAUAUGACAGAGAAUGUAUCUUCCGUUCUUCCAAUCGAUGACAUGCUUCCAGCAGUUGCCCAAGGUGCAAUUGGAAUUGCCUGUCGAAGCAAUAACAAUAAAAUGGCUAAUUAUUUGGCUUCGUUGAACCACGAGGAAACAAGACUAGCAGUUGCAUGUGAGAGGGCCUUUCUUGAAACCUUAGAUGGGUCCUGCCGGACUCCUAUUGCUGGAUAUGCUAGAAAAGACAAAAAUGGUGAUUGCAUAUUUAAAGGGCUUGUUGCUUCUCCUGAUGGAACCCGUGUACUCGAAACUUCUAGAAAAGGUCCAUAUGCUUUUGUUGAUAUGAUUGCAAUGGGAAAGGAUGCCGGCAAGGAACUUCUUUCACAGGCAGGUCCUGGAUUCUUUGACCGAUGA